UAGCCCUCUUACCCAGAGUGCACCGCGGCUAUCGGUGGCUGCUGCUGCGGCUCACGGGCAAUGUGCUUUUGUAUUCGGUGUUGGUAAAAGGAACCGGCGGCUAUCGGCACUCGCUGAGGUGCUUCGUUUCGGGCCCGAUGCCGCCCAAAAAGAAAGACAGGCCUCCCGUCGAAGCACCGAAGCCGCAGCAGCAGCCGCAGCGUCCCGAACAGCAACAGCAACAUGCCUACGCCGACCACGAGCUGUUUCUCCAGGCUUUCGAGAAGCCAACACAAAUAUACAGGUAUCUACGAACUCGGCACGUAGCAUCGCCUAUCUUUCUUCAUAGGACAUUAACUUAUAUGAGUCAUCGCAUGUCACGGAACCAUAAGAAUAGGAAAAAUUUUAAAGUGGACAGCCUUCUACAACGAGUACAAGCACAGCAAGACCCAUCAUCAUGCAGAGCACCAAGCCAAAUGACAUUGACGUUCACCGGCUUCUUUGACCGUUCGACUAAAAGGGACAUGGUCACAGCAGAAGCGGUCAUACUGAAGAUUUGCAACAAGAAGAAGAAGGAGCUGGAACUGCCGUUGACGCAGCUUUCCGCACCGUUUGUCUAUCACGUGCCAGUGGGGAGCUGCGAGGUGCCGCACAACCCCGACGGAGCGGCGCACGCCAACACCACUUCCGGUGCCCGCACGACGGUCAUCACGGUGCCUGGCAACAGCUUCUGCCCAAAUGGAACUGGUCUGGUGCGAUCCUAUGUGCUGCUGCUGCGAGUGACCGCUGGCGGUCAGGUCAAUGAGGGCGACACUGGAGUGCCACCGGCAGAGCCACCGUCCAAAAAGGCUCGGCGUAAUGGGUGCAACCGUCAACCAACAUCUGGUGGCGGCGGCGGAUCCGGUGGUGGCGCUUCGUCGGAAGAGAGCCGCCACUACGUGGGCGAGAUGGUGGUGUACGAGCAGCAGCGUUGCCUCCUCAGCGAGGGUGAAUACCAGCUGAUGCUGAGGCCCUGGGGACCAAAGGCAGCGCCUCUCGCCCGAACGGCGUCCUGGGAAAGCCUCAACCACUCUGAGAGUUCCCCGCCCCUUGAGGCAUUUGAGAAGUGCCCCAAGGUAGCGUUCCGGUUGAGCUGGGGUCCGUCUGAGGAGAGCACGAAUGCGGAGACUCCGGACCACGUCCGAACGACCCGGCCCGUCUUAUCGCCCGUGGAACUGAACGUGGCCGAACCCGGGCACAAGCACACGCGCAGCAGACGCAAUGGAGAGUUGAAGGCAAGUCAGCAGCAGCAGAUACAACCGGCGAGCAGCGGACCGGUCCAGAAGAGUCUGAGCAAGGCGGGCACAGGCCAGCGCACGCGAGUGGUGUACCAGUUUGUGUACCAGCAGCAGACGCGGCAGCAGACGGAGGCACGAGGUGACAUGCGCUGCCCCUGGUGCCUGCUGCAGUGUCGCCUGCUGGCUGCCCUCCUCAAGCACCUCAAGCUCUGCCACGGGCGCUUCGCAUUCUCCUAUGUGCCUCACCCCAAAGGAGCGCGCAUCGAUGUCUCCAUCAACGAGAGCUUCGACGGAUCGUACUCCGGCAACCCGCAGCACCUCCACACUCAAACGGGGUACGCCUUUGGCUGGACGGGGCCUGCCCGGCGCACUCCCGUCACCUAUGUCAUGGUCUGCCGACCCAAGAGAGCACCUCUGAGUCUCUUGGAAUUCAUGGAGCAAGACGAGCCUGACAUCGAACAGCCACGGCCGUACAUCUCUGGGCAUAACAGACUCUACUACCACACGGAAACAUGCCUACCCAUCAGGCCUCAGGAGAUUGACCGCGACAGCGAAUCUGAGGACGAUCCCGAGUGGCUGCGCAUCAAGACCCAAAUGAUGAUUGACGAGUUCACCGACGUAAAUGAGGGAGAGAAGGAGCUGAUGAAGAUGUGGAACUUGCACGUCAUGAGAUACGGGUUCGUCGGCGACUGCCAGAUAGCGCUUGCCUGCAACACAUUCGUGGAACAGAAGGGCCACGAGCUCAUCCAACGUAACCUGUACCGCAACUUUGUCCUGCACAUGUGCAACCUGCUUGACUACGGCCUGGUCAGUGCCUCGGUCGUCUACACGACCGUCCGGAGACUGCAAAUGUUCUGCGACGUCAAGGACCGCCGACUGCACCUCCCCGUCGCGUAUUCGUAGCACCAUUUUUUUCAACCUGGUGGCGGAAACGACGUGGUGUACAGUGACGCGAGUUUUCCGCAGAGCGCCAAAUGUGGUUGGGAAUGUAAUGCGGUAAAGAGUCUCAAUGUUUCGGGGCCGCGAACGAGGUAAACGGUUGUCGUUUACGGAGUAGUGUGCUGCCCCCUGUGAAAGAGGGGUUGAGGGUACGAGGAAUGCAGUGGGGGGCGCGCCUGCCCUGAGAAGCCUUCUGCCACUCAGCCUCGAAGGCAUGCCGCGGGUACGGAUGUCUUGCCUUUCCUCAGUUGCCAGAAAUUGGAAACAGCACAGCUUAUUAUAUGUGUUCCGUAAGCCGGGCUGGUUGAAGCACUUCACGGAAGGUUGUGUAGAAAGUCCAUGGCACGUAGCUAACCCGUUGAUGAGAUCCGGGCAAAUUAGGGGUAGUUAAAUUAUGUGAAAUGAAAUGGAAUGUUUCGGUUAGUUGGAUCAGGUAGAGCUGCAGAUGCACAGUCCAAUGGGUGAUAGUUUGACCAGCCACCACUAGAGCAUGCCUCUGUCCCGCUCGUGCUGCAGACCAAUCACAAUGAUUUUCGAUGGAGUCUUAAUAAGCGCCGGGCCGGCCAUGCGUGGCGUUGCGAGGUGCGAGAAGACUCUCUCGAUUCUGUACGCCCCCAAAAACUACGGCCAUUACAGCUGGUACCGGCAUGUGACAUGCCUUAACUGGUGUAGUACAAAAACUAGCCGAGAAGACCGCAACCUGCCGUGCCCCUUGCCUCGAUGGGAAGGAACAUCCUAAGUUGCAGGACCAGUGCUGCGCUGUGCUAGGUGUUCGGAGCACUUGUAACGUCUUCAGCUAGACCUAGGGGCACAGGCGAGUCGUAUUUCAGCAAGCGUUGCAUAGUGGCCUCUAUAAGGACGUUGUCGGAUGCUUGCGCAGGUCGAGUCGAAAGCUCUUCAGAACCGAGCGUUAUUGUGGAGCCAUUCUUGUCUAUUUCUUUUGUGUGUUGCUUAUCAGGUCCUUGAAGAGUUCGUAUUCAUGUGUAUUUGGUGAGCUUUUUUUUUUAAUCAUGUGUUUCCACAAGGCUUUCUGCCUUCCAGGGCCAGUUUUGUCUUUAGGAAAAACGUGCACUUGACGCGGCUGUCAAGUUGAAUGAAUGUUAGAAGACCAAUAUGGAGAUGUGUGCAUGCGUUGCGUUGUUUUGGGUAAUUCUGUUUUUAGAGGACGUUUGCUGUAGUAAUGUGUGAAGAUUACCCCCCCCCCCCUCCCCAGUGUUUCGGAAGGAGGUGAAACUGAACUUUUGUUUUAUUGUAAAUGUAUCGAGCUGUUUUUUGAGGCAGCUUUUCAAAAAACUGAUUUCCACGUGGCCGAUUUCUGUACACUGAUGAAGUUGCUGUUGUGUCUGUGUGUACUGAUUAACGGAGGUGCAGUAUGUGGAAAAACUGAGCUGCUGCCGUACGUGCGUAAACUGCGUUUGACGUUUGUCGUCAGUGUGGUAGUACUGUUUCCGAAGUGUCCCACCAAGCCGUGUGUAGUUGUAGUGAUGGGUCUCCUGUGUAUCGGGUGACGGUGUAAUGGAGUGGACCUUGAUAUGCCUGGACGAGCGGUGGGGUUUUGAUGCCAAAUGAAAAAAAAAAAAAGAAAACUGCCAGCACUUACUGUGUUCAUGUCACAUUUGCGAGAUUAUCAGUAGUGGAAUGUAGUAGCAUAUAAUUUGAAUAGUUAGCGCUUUGAGUCCGUUACCACGCUUCUGAUUUCUUCACCUAUGAACAUAGUCUCAUCUUGUACCCGUGUUGUGAACUCGCACUGUGUUAACCACCUAGGCGUGCCAGAGUUUCAGCUGGUUUGCAUGCACGCUAGUGGUGUUCCAAGUUUGGAAUACCAGCGGUGGUGACAAAAGGUGUUGCUGUCCUUUUGAAGUGCACCAUCAUCGGCCACAAAAUUCAACGAGUAGCCACGCACGGUUAGGCCAAUUACAGCAUCACAGAGUUUCACUACAAAAGAUAGAUAGCCAUUUGCAGUUAAUGUGGCACGAUUUCACUGGGAAUGGUAUGGGUACUUGAAAAGCUUGGGUACCUGAAACAUGUAGAAAAUUAGUGAUGUGAUAACUUAGACGCUCUGUUGUUUCCUUCACAGUUUUCCAGGCUUUUUUGUCAAUGUGGUAGCAAAAACUUUACUCUAGGACCUGUACGUUCUUUGGUGAACACCAUUUAGUUGCACAAGUGUGUGUGGGGAAUGUUGUAUUGCAUGAGCUUGCAUCAUGACAUUUCCCAUGGAAAACAAUCAUAAAUGCAGAUGUGGUCAUAUUGUGUGAGCUAAAUGACUUGGCAUCUUCGAUUAACAUGCAUUGAAUUGAGACUGAAAUCUAGUAAAGAAAAUACAUACUGCGAACUCCUAGGGGCACCUGUGAAGACAACAAUUCCCCUGCCCAAUUUAUCCUGCCAUUUCCUCUUGCACUGUUUCGCUAGCCUUCUUUCAAAACCAGUGUAAUUGCUGGUUUUCUUAUUCUGAAAUCAGUGUGUUCUGCCUCAAAAACUCUGCAGGUGUUGCUUGUGCUCAAGAGGCUUCAGAGUUUUUUAUUUCUCACAAAAGCAGCUCUUCAAGUGAGGUCGUUGUGAAAAGAGAACACCUGAUCUGCAUCUGAAACGGCCUAAAUUCCUUGUUCUUACACAGAAACAUAAAAUUUGCCACGUGACAGAUUACCAAGUGGGACGACUGUUUGGUAUGGCAAUCAUUGAAACCAUAAAACUGCAUGUUUGUGUGGUGGAAUAAUUAUUAAGCUUUGGCACUGUUCUUGUAACUGUUGCAAAUGUAAGCUCGCUGUGGCACUUUUAAACAUGUUUUCUAUUUUUCAUUGUGCAUGAAGAAUAUUCGAAAUUUGGACCUUAUACCUACAAGAAACCCACAACGUUAUUGACUUGUCUAGUCAAUAAAAAAAAAAAGAACCUCCCAUUAAUACAGUGCAGAAGCUGCGGAGUUUCUGAAACCACAAAGUUCACGUUGAGCUGUCGUGGUUCAAAUGUACACGAGUUGGUCCCUGGGUAAUAUGUUUAUGCGAGAGUUUCGUGCCAUGUACAAGCGGCUGCUAGUCCUCAGUAGCAGAGUGCAUCUUCUAAAACACUGCCACAGUAGUGCUUGUCUUCUUUCAUUAUACACCUCCGCUUCACACCUGCACCAUCGAGUUGUCAAAUUUCGACCAAUACAGCCCUAGUUAAAAGACUGCCUCUUUAACUGAAUGGAACUUUUGGUAGUUUUCGUUUCGAUUUUUUCCUGGUUCAUCAAAUCAUGGUUCAUCAAUUGUUCCAGCCUUAAAGGCCUGGAUUAGUCGGGGUGGAUGCACUGUCUAGCUAGAACAGUCCGGAAUGUGUAGCGAAGCGUUGUACUGACGAAAUUCUGCGUUUCACGUUUUUUUCUGCGUAGAGUUGAGGUCAUAUGCAAAUGAGCCAGGAACAGCGCUUAAAUAAUUUAUAAAGGACCAAGACACUUCAACACUUCAUUCACUACAAAUUCAACUGGCCACUGAAAAGAAUCAGGCUGCGCAGUUCUUGAAUGGAAUGGAUACUCAUCCUUCACAUACCCAUUCAUCAACAAGAAAGCUGUUGUUUCUACACGAGUGAUGCGAUUGAUCUAUGCCCGAGUGCUAGAAAGAUUAACAGCUUGUCCAUGCAAAGAGGCAUUCAUUCCGGCUUACCGUUUCUGCUGUUGUAAUCCCACUGUGUUUGCUUGCACCCCAUUAUUUAUUCUGUUACAUAUAAACAUGCCUGCCUUUUUUUCUUUGAACUUGCCUCUGUCAGUGUAAUUAUCUGUACUUGUUUACAUCGCUGUAUGGAAUGCACGUGAUCACGUAGAUGUUUUUCUACCAUUUCAAACCUCGACGAUCGAGGUUUUCUGUUAAGCAGACGCUAAAGCUCACUGCUCGGCACUGCUGUUCAAUAAAACAUUCGUCUAAA